AUGAAGGCACCCGAGAAGCAGGACGUCAACGAUAUAAUGAACUUGGUCGACACCUGGACGCUCCUCCACGCACUCAACGCGCUCAUCAAGCCCGACGUCGUCCCGCCGUGGCUGCGCGCGCCGCUUAUGCACACGCUGACGCUGCUCCCGCUCCGCGCCGACGGCGUCCGCGGCACGCUUGAGCUCGUCUUCUCCGUGCACCCGAGCAGCGCGGGGCAGCCGUCGGGCGGCGGCGACCCCGCGGCGCCGCAGAAGCAAGGGGCAAGCAUCACGCACGAGGCCGUCGCCGUCGCCACCAAGCUCCUCUCGUCGGUGCCCGCGGGCAUGACCGCGGAGGACUGGUUCUCGGGGAUCUCCGGCCAGGUCUUCGCGCUCAUGGACGGCGCGGCCGGCGCGGAGCUGGCGCGCACGGCGGCGCAGGUGGUGGGCUUCGGCAUUCUGGGGAGGAAGGUCCACGGCGCGCCGGGCGCGCCCGGGUGGAACGUCUUCGUGCAGCCGCUGCUGGAGGGCGUCAACCCUUCGCUACGGCAGGCUACGAAGGGGGAGGAUGACGGAGAUCAGGAGGAAGUCAUUGACCUCUCGAAACCGAGGGUCCUCGUCGAGGCAGAGGCCCUGCAGCAAGCCAUUCAGCGCCUGGCAGUCUUGGUACUAUCGAACCCGUCGCCCGGUUUAUGCAAGAGAAUUCUUGGGCGCGUUAUCCUACAAAUUUGGGCGCUUGCUUCCUGGAACCGCCCUUGCGAAGAGGUGCAAAAGUCGGUAUAUAACCCCGCAAGGAAGCUGUUGCGGACCUAUCUACAACUGUUUGGGAAUCUCGAUAGCGUGAAUCCCCUCAUUUCGAAUCUCACGUGCAAGGGCUCGUCUGCCGCACCCACGCAGUCUUCUUCCACAACAACUUCCUGGCGCUACACGACGACGGUCACCGGUGCGGUAGAAUUAACCGCGCUACCGCCUCAACACUCCUCGCAGCCGCCAGAUCUUGACUGGAUGGACAUCGAAUACCGGGCAGCAUCCCUGGCUGAGUACAUUUCAGGCGCCUGCUCGGCAGAGGAUACAUCUUCUAUAUUCUUGUCACUACUACGCCGCUGGGUGGACUCAGCAGGGAAGGAUCAAGGUAGCGGGGGGGUCAGCUUAAUCUCUCCCGUCAAGGCCGAAUCCGAGAGUCCUGUCCAGGACCUCAUGGAGGUAUCCGUUCUACAGCAACUAAUGGAAAAGGCGCCCGACAAGCUCAUCAGUCAUUUCGACCAGCUUCUCCAGUUGAUCACACAAGUCUUUGAAGCGGACGCACAAUCUCCACUAGGAGACGAAGUCAUCAGUGUGGUUUUGAGCUUGGUCAACUUGGCGGUCACGGCACCGACGUUCCAGAAGUCCGACAUCAAUCCAAAGGAGUUGCAAGUGUUGGAGGAGUCGCUCGACAGGUUGGCACGAGAAGAUAGGCCAGACGUGUCCGGGACAGCACGCAAUCUGAGCAUGUUACUCACCUACCGCGACGAACUGAACGACCCGGACGACAAGGGCAAAGGGCCACCUGAUGCCCGGAAGGUGGAGGACCGUAAGACGUACAAUCUCGCCAUGAGCUACAUUACUGGUGACGCGGAGAACCCGCCGCCGAUCGUUGCAGAAGGCCUUAAACUGCUCUCCGGGCUGAUCGUCAGCGAGAGCCCCAUCCUAGAUAUCACCGCCGUCACGGUGCUCCUGUCCGACCUCCUCAAGCAAAACGAGGACUACAUCAACCUGCAAGUCGUCAAGAUGUUCACGCAGCUGGCCGGCCGGCACCCGCGGACGACGAUGCGGGAGCUCCUCGACCACUACCUCGACGCCGGGGAGAAGUCGACGACGGACACGCGCCUGCGCUUCGGCGAGGCCCUCGUGCAGGUCAUCGAGCGACUCGGCGAGACCUUCACCGGCGACGGCGCCCAGCAGGCCGGCGAGACGCUGCUGUCUAUUGCCGGGCGCCGCGGGCACCGCCCCAAGACGCAUGCGCGGCAGGCCCGCGAGGAGCGCGUGCGCGUGCUCAAAGAAGAGAGGAGGAAGAAGAAUGAUGGCGGUGCACCGCAAGACGAUGACGACGAUGACGAGAACAUGGACGACGCGGACGAGGAGGAGCUCACCAAGGAGGACAGAGCCAGCAACGACAUCCUGGCGCAGAUCGUGCAGGGCUGGGAGAGCAAUCGCGGCAGCGAGGACGUGCGGAUGCGCGCCUCGGCGCUCUCCAUCUUCGGCGCCGCGCUGGAGAGCCACCUGCGCGGCGUCGGCCCGACGCUGGCGUCGGCCGCCGUCGACCUGUGCCUGCACGUACUCGCGCUCGAGUCGGAGCCGGAAAAGGCGAUCCUGCGGCGGGCGGCCAUCGUGGUGAUCCUGGGCUUCGUGCGUGCCCUCGCCGCCGCCCGCGAGGUGCAGUCCUCGUCGGGUGGAGGCGGCGGCAGCCUGGGCUUCGGGUUGACGGGGGAGAGCGCGGCCGACAUCCGGCGCUCGCUCGAGUAUGUCGCAGCGACGGACAACGACGGCCUGGUGCGGGAGCACGCGCGCGACGCGGUCGAGAGCCUCGAGGCGUGGCAGGCUACGAGCCUGCUCCCCCGGCAGGACCCGGCGGCCGCGGGCGGUGACUUGGCGGGGCUCCGAGUGAGCCCGGGCUUGUUGGGGGGCGAGCUGCGACGGCAGCAGCGGCCUAGAAUCGAAGAGGUGGAAUAG